AUGGACAUCAAGUCGUCUCGAGAAAAUGACAGCGAUGAAGUUUCGCAAGAGAAAGACAAUGCACCUAUUCAUCUCGAGGCUAAAGAUGGGAAACUAUCCAAACAACAAAAAAUCGAAGAGGUCGAAGCUGCGGUCACCGAUCCCAAUGUCACGCUCGAGUCCUUUGCCCAUCUUGACAUCAAGAAGAUCCACCGCAAGAUGGACCUUCGACUGAUUCCUAUGCUUGCAUUGCUUUACUUACUGAGCUUCAUUGAUAGAGGUAACGUGGCUAAUGCAAAGAUCGAGGGAUUAAGUGAAGACCUCAACCUCACCGGGACUCAAUACAAUCUAUGCCUGACGGUUUUCUUCUUCACUUAUGCGGCUUUCGAGGUACCCAGCAACAUGCUGUUGAAGAAGUUCCGGCCUAGCAUCUGGCUGCCUACUAUCAUGGUCGCUUGGGGUGUCGUAAUGACCCUUACGGGCAUUGUGCAGAACUAUGGUGGACUUCUAGCUGCUCGAAUAUUCUUGGGUGUGGCUGAGGCUGGCCUGUUUCCCGGCGUGGUUUAUUACAACACCAUGUGGUAUACCAGGUACGAAGUUCAAGUCAGACAAGCGUACUUCUUCUCGGCGGCCUCGAUAGCAGGAGCGUUCUCUGGACUGCUGGCUUACGGAAUCUCAUUCAUGGAUGGAGUUGGAGGCCUCGCUGGCUGGCGAUGGAUAUUCAUCCUCGAGGGCAUUCUAACCGUGGUCGUCGCUGUCAUUGCCUACUUCGUGAUCUACGACUUCCCGGAGACGGCCUCUUUUCUCACGCCAGAGGAGCGCGCAUUCGUUGUCUAUCGUCUUCGCUACGACGGUCAAGACGUCGCCGCGGACGGUCAGCGAGUGGCGCAAAACGAGAAGCAAGACUGGAAGUCUGUGAAAGCCGCUUUCCUCGAUUGGCAGAUCUGGAUCAAUAUCUUUGUCUACUGGGGCUACGUCUGCCCGCUAUACGGUGUGAGCCUCUUCCUACCGACCAUCAUCAAGGAUCUGGGCUUCUCGACAACAUCUUCGCAGCUCCUCACUGUCCCACCAUAUGUCGUUGCCUCUGUGCUUACGAUUCUGGUUGCUUACGCUGCGGACAAGAGGCGAAUCCGGUCUCCGUUCAUUAUGGUCUGCUUCGUCUUCCAGCUUGUUGGCUUCAUCAUGUGCAUCUCAAGCGGAACAUUCGGCGUUACCUACGCAGGUGUCUUCAUCGCUGCUUGUGCCAUCUACCCAACUCAUCCAACGAACUUGACUUGGCUAUCCAACAACUUGGCCGGAUCGUACAAGCGUGCUGUCGGUGUGGCAAUACAGAUAUCGAUGGGCAACAUGGCAGGGGCAAUGGCGAGCAACUUCUACAGAUCGAAAGAUGCCCCCAGGUACAUUUUGGGUCAUGCUUUGGAAAUCGGCUUUAUCUGUGUCGGUAUGAUCGCCACCACGAUCCUUAUACUGAGCUAUGAUAGGAUCAACAAGAAGCGAGCGAAGCGAGUUGCAAACGGAGAGCACGUUGGCUUCACCCCAGAGGAGCUGAGUGAUUUGGGAGAUCGGGCUAUCACAUUCAGAUAUACUUUGUAA